AUGCCACCACCACCCGAGGCCUUUGGCCAUGCCCCCCUUCCAGUGGAGGAAAACAAGAAGAGAAUGACAAAUACCAUGGGACCACCCGGUGGAGCUGAAGAAGAUUGUUCGGAUGACGAACGAUGCUCUGCAUACCCAAUGACUCAAACCACCAAUGGACACACUACCGGUGAUUUGGUUCGCAAGUACGGUGGAGUGAGUGGUGUCGAAGUUGAUCUACAAACAUACGAGAACAUGGAGCGUGACAGCAUCCGUAGACAUGCACACAAGAUGCUAGACAUGGCAAACGAGAACGGUUCAACUUCCUCUUCCUCGGACUUCUCUUCUGAUGAGGGGGCUCCUUAUGAUGAUAUGAUGGAGAAGGAUGUCAACUUUGCACAUGAGUACGAUGAUAUCGUUCCCAGCAGCCGUCGGUCCAGACGUGUCCCAGCUGCCCUAGCUGGAAUCAACUACAGAUCGACCACUCAAGAACGAAGCUAUGGCUUAUCUUCUACUACCUUGCCCGCUUUGCCUCCCAGUGAACGAGCUCGUCGUUUUCGCGACAUGGAGAACGGCUUCGAAGACGAGCAUCUGGAUUCUAUUCCAAUUUCCAUGAUGCACAAUGUCCGCUACCAAGACGAUGUCUACAAUAAUGCGGAUGGAGAGAUGUCCUACUCUGAUUCCAUGGAGUCCAAGGCAUAUAAUGUCUACGCUGCCUCUAAGGGUUCGCGCUUCAACAGGGACUACUACGUCAACAACCAAAAGGCAACUUUGGACCAGUGGGAUCGCGAACAUGAUAAUGAAAACAAGGGAGGUGCCCUGGUCUGGAUCAAUACCUACCGUUCCAAGAGAGGAGCAAAGUCCAACAAGAACCAUGUGUUUGGACCAGGAUUCGUCUUCCGCAAGAAUCACGUCUAUGGAAGACAACAACAUGACUAUGCAAAUCAGGCACAAAAGCAGCGCGAACAACUCCGCAUUGCAUGGCAAGAUCCUACAGACACCAACGUCUACGAACCAUCAUCCAACAAUGGAGGAGCGCAAACAUGGAAGGAAGUCACCCAAGACCGUCAAAAGCGUCGCUGGUGUGCAUUGUUCAUGUGCUUCUUCUGCUUCCUUAUCAUCUUCAUCCCCAUUCUUACCGAGGUCAUCCUUGCCGAGCCAGACAUGUGCCCGGGAUGCGACAUUGGUGAUCCAGUAAGCAUUUAUGCCAUGUCGGACACACCCAACAACAUGGAAGACGCCAAGGAAGUCUUCCGUUCCAUCACUCUUCUUGACCAAGAUGCUGAUUUUUUGGUUCACUUGGGAAAUGUCCAAGCCAGAUGCGACGAGCGGCGAUACGACAUGACAGCUGACUUGUUCAAACGAUCAUCGCUCCCAACCUUUGCAGUCCCCGGGAGUGAAGACUGGUUGGACUGCUUCGACCCUGCUGAAUCCUUAAACCUUUGGCGCGAGCGCUUUGUUGACUUUGAACAAAACUUUGACUUUGACGGCCGAGUGUACCGCAACGAAGACUAUCCUGAAAACUUUGCAGUUGUUCGAUCGGGUGUCUUGUUUGUUGGAUUGCACAUGGUUAGUGGACCAUCCGUUGAUCCCGAUGAAUGGGAGGAACGAAGAGUUUCCAUGUUGAAAUUCUAUUUCGGCAUGGCCAAUAUGAACAGGGCCAACUUCCGCGCAGUUGUCUUGAUGGGGAAUUCUUCCGAGAAGCCAGAGCUCCAGCCAUUUUUCAAGGAUUUCUUCAAGAGUUUGGAGCCAAUUGGCAAGCCAGUCCUAUAUUUGCACGCCAACGACGAGGAAGGAACCGAUGGUGUGAUCUACCAACCAUUCCCAGAACAUCCUACUCUAUUCAGCGUUCAAGUGACUUUGGGCAAUGCUGCGACAAGAGUCGACAUUGGCAAAGGAAAUACACCCUUUUCAAUUGCAGCACUCGAAUCCUAA